AUGGACCAAGUUGAUACGGCUCAUCAUACUGAUGGGCCAUUUGGAUUUCUCAAAUGCAUACAAAGCCCGACAGUCGUUGAAACCACAUCGUUGAGACCCCGUGAAUCUGACUUUCUGAUAGCAUACGCCACUCCGCCAACGUAUGUUUCUUGGCGUAAUAGUCUUCGAGGCAGUUGGUUUGUGCAAGCGAUUUGUGAGGUAUUUGCUAAGCAUGCGCGUGAUAUGGAUAUUCUGCAGUUACUCACAAGAGUAAAUCAAAGGGUUGCAGAGUGCUUCCAGACAAACUGCUCUUCUUCAUACAAGCAG